CGGCCCAUCGAGAUUGGUAAUUGCUCUACGUGAACGAAGCUUCUGGAAACUCGCUGGCCCGAUGGCAUCGGAGGCCGCGAUUGCUCGUGCGCAGUGCCUCCUUCGCUUCCGCCGCUGGUCGCCACUGCCGCUUCUUCCUCUCCCUUCCCCUCCCGCUACCACACGAGCAGCUUCCUGCCGCCGCAGCGUACGCAUGGCCUCGUCGGACGGCUCUGCCGCGGCCCUGCCCAGCGCUACCGUCGAUGUGCCCGGCGCCGGGGCCCCUGUCCUCGUCGUGGGCGCGCCGGGGCUCCCCGAGGCUGACUUCAGGAACGCGGUGGAGUCGUCGCUGUUCAAGCAGUGGCUGCGGAACCUGCAGUCGGAGAAGGGCGUCCUCACCUACGGGAGGCUGAGCCUCACGCGGGUUCUCAUCCAGGGCGUUGACAUGUUCGGGAAACGGGUGGGCUUUCUCAAGUUCAAGGCUGAUAUCGUGGACGAGGAAACCAAAACCAAGGUUCCAGGAAUUGUCUUUGCAAGAGGGCCCGCGGUUGCUGUGUUGAUUCUUUUGGAGUCGAAUGGAGAAACAUAUGCUGUGCUUACCGAACAGGUUAGAGUUCCUAUUGGAAAAUUCCUGUUGGAGCUGCCUGCUGGGAUGCUAGAUGACGAAAAAGGUGAUUUUGUUGGCACCGCAGUCCGUGAGGUGGAAGAAGAGACUGGUAUAAAGCUGAAUAUAGAAGACAUGGUUGAUCUUACGGCACUGCUGGACCCUGCUACUGGAGGUCGAAUGCUACCAUCACCGGUAACUGGCCAAAACUUCUAUUCACCUGGGUGGCUGCGACGAAGAGAUUGGCCUGUUCCUGUACAGGGGCCGCGUUGACGAGGAGACCAUAAGAUCGCUCCAGGGGAAGGAAACCGGGCUGCGCGACCACGGUGAGCUGAUCAAGCUGCGCGUGGUUCCGUACAGCGAGCUCUGGCGGUCGACCGGCGACGCGAAAGCACUCUCCGCGAUAGCCCUGUACGAGAUGGCCAAGAGGGAAGGCCUGCUGCCGCAGCCGACGCCGUCGGCCAACUUGUGAAGACCUGCUAGCACUUUAAAACAGUGGUGGCCGUCAUGCCUGUAAAAUGGAAGGAGGAACGUCACUCGCGAAACCAAAUCAUAUAUAUCUCUAUCUCUUCGUUUGGUAUAACGCGCUUAAGCUUGUCUGUUUGUGUUAUGUAUACAUAUACUAAUAAUUUAAAAAUAAAAGUAUAAUCGUGUUUAAAUAAAUA